CAAGUCAUCAUGAGUAUGUCUCCGAUAAACGUCAGAGUAUGCGUUUAAAGAUCGAAAGCGCCAGUAAAUUAACAUUAGUCUAUUCUACAUCAUGUUAGGGACAACAUCAUUUUUCGCGACUCAGGAACAUAUCGUCUAGCACUAAUAAGAAGAGAAAUUAUAAUGAGUGGCUUUGAAAUUUUGUGCGGGUUAGCCGCAUUACUUCUGGCUUUCUAUUAUUAUUCCACGUCAACCUUCGAUUUUUGGAAGAGUCGUGGAGUUCGAGGACCAAAGCCUGUAUUCUUAUUUGGAAACACCAUAGACCUGAUGUUUGCAAGAAUAUCAAUGGUGGCUUACCAGCAGAAUCUUUAUAAAGUAUACAAAAACGAGCCGAUGAUUGGGUUGUACAUGAGAAGAUCACCGGUUCUUAUUUUAAAAGAUCCGGAACUGAUAAAAGAUGUCAUGAUUAGAGAUUUCUCGAGAUUCGCCGAUCGAGGAUUUGCUGUUCAUGAAAGGACAGAACCAUUGUCUAUGCAUCUCUUCAAUUUGGAACCAAAAAGAUGGCGUCCGUUAAGAUCGAAGCUCACUCCAAUGUUCACAUCGGGCAAACUGAAAGACAUGUUUGGUCUCAUCCUCGAAUGUGCAGACCAUUUCGAAAAAUACUUGGAUAAACUGACCGCGAAGGAAGAGCCCAUAGAUUUUCGCGAGGUAACAGCGAAAUUCACGACCGACGUGAUUGGUUCCUGCGCCUUUGGAAUCGAGAUGAGCUCGUUAUCGGACGAAGACAGUGAGUUUCGUGAAAUCGGCAGACAAAUCUUCGCCUUGAACCUCGAGAACGUAAUACGGUUAAAACUCAGACUGUACAUGCCGAAACUGUACGAUUUGUUGGGUUACAUCGUACCCGACAAAAGACAUGCUCCGUUCUUUACCAAGCUCGUGACAGACACUAUGAAGUACAGGAAAGAGCAUAACAUAUACAGGCCUGACUUUAUACAUAUGCUUAUGGAAUUGAAAGAACAUCCAGAGAAAUUGGGCGACAUUAAAUUAACGGAUAGCUUAUUAACUGCGCAAGCUUUCGUUUUCUUUGCUGCCGGCUUUGAAACUUCGUCGUCGGCAAUGAGCAACGCUCUUUACGAACUCGCCCUAAAUCAAGAAAUUCAAGACAAAUUACGUCAAGAGAUCAGGGAACACCUUGCGAAACAUAACGGAGAGUUGCAAUACGAACAUGUUAAAGACAUGGAAUACUUGGAGAAAGUGUUUAAAGAGACAUUAAGGAAGUAUCCACCAGGAUCUAUAUUGCCAAGAAGAUCUACUUCCGCCUAUACUUUCAAGAACACAAAAGUCAGUAUACCGAAGGGUUUAAUGAUAUGGAUUCCCACAUACUCGUUGCAUCAUGAUGCUGACAUUUAUCCAAAUCCUGACGUGUUCAAUCCAGAGAACUUCAACGAAGACGCCAUUGAGGCUCGUCAUCCGAUGACCUAUUUACCAUUUGGCGAUGGACCAAGAAAUUGCAUUGGUGCACGUUUCGCUAUUUAUCAAACCAAAGUGGGUCUAAUCACGAUUCUUCGUAAUUAUAAAGUGGACGUUUGUGACAAAACCAUGAUUCCAUACGAGUUUACUAAGACGUCGUUUCUACUGACGCCGAAGGGGGGCAUAUAUUUGAAGUUAACGAAACUAGAAACAUAAUUUCAAAGCGAGACGUCCUUUAAAAUGACUAAUUUUAAUCGUAUUAACGCCGAAUAACAAAUUUUUCUAUGCUUGUGUUGUAAACUAAAUUUUGUAGUUGUGACAUGACAAUUUUCGUUCUCUGCCAUGUAAAUAUAAUGGAAUUUAACGUUUUUAA